AUGCGGCCCCUAGAGGGUCAGGCUGGACCUUCCAAUUGGGCUCAAAGUCCUACGCUCAAACGAAGAAGGAGCGAAAGCCACUCUUCCUCCUCUCCCUCUUCGCCAGAGAUCAAGGGGGGCACGCAGGUGAGCGCUGUGUUGUGGGUUGCGGUUGAUCAAGUUGCAUGUGGAGCAGGUGUGGCUGGGGGAAUACGAGUGAUUGACUCAGCUUGCAUGCUGCUGCUUGGCCCGAACAAUGCGCACUAGAAACGUCCCUUUUUGCGAGCUAGGACGCAGACGCCUACAAACUUUAGGUUGGCGAACGAGGAGCAAGGGGCACAGCUGCUUGUCGCAUCCCCGCACCAUAGCCCAAAUCGACAUGCGCGCAUUCUGCUUCGCCACGAUAGCGCUUCAAACACUGUGUAUGCGCACUACGAUGAUCAGGCAUCGUCGUCGUCGUCAGUCGAGUCGGAUCGGGGCAGGAUGAGUGCAGCUGCAGCUGCGGUUGCUGCACUGGGAACGGGAAUGGACGAGGAUGUGGAUGCGAAUGGCACGGGUAGCAGAGGACAGCAGGCAUUGUCGGCUGCAUUCUUGCAGCCUGCGCCGAGCGAGCAUUGGACACGGCACUCGAUGGCAGGCCCUGAGUUUUUAUCAGAGCAGCUAGGAGAACCAGCAGCGCGCGGAUAUGUGCCCAGUGGGGAUGCCAUGGACGAGGUGAGUGGGGCGUCAUCAGUGUGCCUGCGAAUGGUGUUUGUUCGCGCAUUUUCCCACGCGGAAAGGAUGAUGGAUGACUGCCAUGCAGGAGAAUCGAUGGGCACGCUGACAAUCGUGGGCCCACGCUUCGACACAGGACGUGCCACCUACCUUGACCCCUCCCUCUGCACCUUUUGCCCGAUGGAGCUCCGAGUCCACCUUGCCACAAAGUCCCAUACGCAAGUCGGGCUCCUCUAUGCAUUCGCACACUCCCAUUCGACCUUCACCGCUAGGGGAUGGAGGCGGGGAUCGUAGAAGAAGCUUGCACGAUGCGGAGGUGGGCAGAUCACCCAUAUCGCCUGCUUUUCAAACAUUGAGGAGUCCGGCGAGUAUACCCAAAAGAUCUUUGAGUACUGGUUGGGCUACUGGGGCUCCAAGAGCUGCAUAUCACGCGGCAUCACACGCGCAGCGCCCCGUCUCGCAGUCCGAGGCGGACAUCGGGAUGGUGGAGAGCGCAUGGAUGGAUUCGGCAGGCGGUAUGCACAUGGACACAGGUCAAGGCGAAGCUGAGCCUGACCGCGGCGCGAUGCAGAGGGAAUGGGCAACGUCGUCGUCGUCGAGCGGUCGACAGACGCCUGUGCAGCGUCCACCUUCUCCCUUUUUGGUCAGGGAAGAUGCUCAGGCUGCGGUGAGGGAGCACGCUAGACGAGGAUCGUUGAGCAUGGCGGAUAGACCUAGCAUGCUCUCUCAUCCCAGAUGGAAACAUCUUGCUCCUUCGCCGCCCCUCUCUCCUUGA